AAAUGAGCUAUGAUUCAUCGAGCUUUGUGGGUAGUUCUCUCGUUUCUAUGUCCUCCAAGUGUGGAGUUAUUGAAGGAGCUUAUCAGGCUUUUGAUGAGAUACCUGUGAAGAACCUAGGCAUGUGGCGUGCAAUGCUUAUUGCCUGUGCUCAGCAUACACACACAAACAAAACGUUUGAUUUGUUCAAGCAGAUGGAAAGUGUUCGGAUGAAACCAAAUUUCAUCACUUUCUUGUGUGUGCUCUAUGCCUGCAGCCAUGCGGGACUAGUUGAAGAGGGACAACAUUACUUUCAUCUAAUGAAGGUGUAUGGGAUUGAGCCGACAGAUCAGUAUUAUGCUUCCAUGGUGGACCUGCUUGGGCGUGCAGGAAAAUUGCAGGUUGCAGUUUCAGUUAUCAAUGAAAUGCACAUAAAACCAACAGAAUCUGUAUGGGGAGCUUUAUUGACUGGUUGUCGAAUUCACGGGGACACAGAAUUAGCAGCUUAUGCAGCUGAUAGGGUCUUUGAGUUGGGUCCUGUGAGCUCGGGAAUGCACGUGCUACUGUCUAAUGCAUAUGCUGCUGCUGGAAGAUAUGAGGAGGCAGCCAAAGCCAGGAAAAUGCUGAGGGACCGAGGGGUGAAAAAGGAAACGGGUUUGAGUUGGAUUGAGGAGGGAAAUAGGGUUCAUAAGUUUGCUGCCGGGGAUAGGUCCCAUGCAAAAUCUAGAGAAAUUUAUCGAAAGUUGGAGGAAUUGGGAGAUGAAAUGGAGAGAGCUGGUUAUGUUGCAGAUACCAGUUUUGUGCUGGGAGAAGUGGAUAGUGAUGAGAAGAAUCAGGCAAUUAGGUAUCGCAGUGAAAGACUGGCCAUUGCAUUUGGGCUCAUUGCUCUUCCACCUGAAAGGACACUUAGAGUUAUGAAGAACUUGCGUGUGUGUGGAGAUUGUCACACUGCAAUAAAAUUUAUGUCAAAGUGCAGUGGAAGAGUAAUUAUUGUGAGGGAUAACAAUCGAUUUCAUCGAUUUGAGGAUGGGAAAUGCUCGUGCGGUGACUAUUGGUGAUUAAAUUGCUAGAGGCAGGGAUUCAUUUUUACAUCCU